CGUUCGCCGCCCUCCCCGCCGUGGGGUCCGGUCCGCCGCCCUCCGGCCCAUCCGCCGCCGGUUCCCGUCCAGCCGCACGCGCCUUCUUCCUCCCCCGGCGCCUUCUCGGUGAACCAGACCCGUCCCUCACCCGUGCGACUCCCGCAGCGCCCGCCCCUCCGUCACCUCCGCAUCCUCCCCGUCCUUGCGGCCAUAUCCGUCGUCUCCGCAUCCUCCUUCCUACGCUCUGUCGGCGUGGCCUCCCCAUCCCGGUGUUCUCCGAUUUUGGGGGGCGUCCCUUUGCCCGCUCCGGUCUGCUCCUCCAGAGUCCGGUCCAGCGGAGCGCACUACGACACAGAUCGGCAGCCGUCCAUCCCUUUCCAGCUCUCCAGAGCCUCCGCCGGCGCAUCCGGCGACUGAUUUGCAGAUGAUGUUGUUAUCUUCCUCAAGCCGGCUACUAGUGAUAUGCUUUCAUCAUGGAUGUGCUUCACUUGUUUGGGGGAGGCUUCUGGUCUUAAAAACAAUGUGCAAAAAACUAGUGAUUUUCCUAUAAGGUGUGAAGAUUAAUACUUGAUGGUCAUUCAAGGCCUUCUGCCAUGCAACAUCUUGAGCUUGAUAGGAUUGCCAAUUAGCUACAGAGGUGGAAGGCUAACUUAAUAACAAGGGCUAGCAGGAGGGUUUGAGUUUAGUUUGUGCUCAUAGGAAUGUUGAUCUACUUUGCUAUGACUACUGACAUUCCUCCUUGGGUUUUCAAAGCAAUUGAUAAAAUCAGACAAAGAUUUCUAUGGAGGAGAAGGAAGGAUGCCAAAGGCGGGCACUGCCUCGUGGCGUGGGGAAAGGUUUGUCACCCCCUUGAGCUUGGCGGCCUUGGUAUUUCAAGUCUUCUAGAGCUAUCUUGGGCACUCCGCAUGAGAUGGCUUUGGCUCCAAAAAACUGAGUCAAAUAAACCAUGGGCUGAUUUACCUAUCCAAGUCCUAGCCAAAGCCUAGGUGCUUUUUUCUAUUGCUCUGAUUUCUAAGGUUGGGGACGGCACAUCCACCCUAUUCUGGACUAAUCGUUGGUUGAUGGGGCAAAAUAUCAUGGAAGUGGCACCAAGGUUGUUUGCUGCUUGUUCCUAAGAGAAUUACAAGAAGGAGAAUUGUUCUUGAAGCCCUCACUAAUCAUCACUGGAUUUUGGAUGUUCAAGUUGCUUUAACAAUUCAAGUAAUUGUGGAUUAUAUCUAGAUUCGGGACUGUCUCAGUCAGGUGGAGUUACAGCAGGGGGUGGCUGAUUCUCACAUCCAGUUCUCGCGUAAUGGAAGAUAUUCAGCCAAAAUGGCAUAUGCGGGUUUUUUUGUUGGCUCGGUUCCUUUUGAACCUUAUGAGAAGAUUUGAUGUUCAUGGCCCCUUCCUAAAUAUAAAUGUUUUCUGUGGUUGGUGACGCACAACAGAUACUGGAUGGCAGGCAGGCUGGCUUGUAGAGGCCUCCCGGUGCCUGCUGUGUGACUAGGAAGAUGAAACAGUCAGCCAUGUGCUUCUUUCUUGUAUGUUUGCGUGAGAAUUUUGGUUCAAAAUCCUAAGGCCUUAUGGCCUGCAGACCCUUGCACCAUAAUCUGAAGGUAGGAGUUUCUUUCUCUGGUGGACGCAGGCUGAAGAGAGAACUAAGGGGUUGACAAGAAAAGGUUUCAACUCCCUCGUCAUCCUGGGAGCUUGAACUCUGUGGAAGAUACGAAAUGGAUGUCUUUGAAGGCCUCUCCCCAUCAUAUGAUUUCAGCUUCUGCUCACUUUGGUGAAGAAAUAGAUUUAUGGAUGAUGGCUCACGCCAAAGGAUUGGUGUUCCUUUCAGCCGUGGCUGAGGAUUAGUGGUAGUUGGUCUGCUAUAAUCUAUGCCUAUGAAUAAUCCUUUCUUGUAUAAGAGGUUUUGGCCACCAUGAGCUAGCCAUUUGAGUUUUGUAAGGCCUUUAUACGUUUCUUCUUAGUAUAAUGAUACGU